AUGGCAGCGAGCGAGCCGAGCCUCCCGGCGGACCCCGGCCACCCCGAGCCGCCGCCGCCGCCAUCGCCAUCGCCCGAGAGCCCGCAGGAGGCCGAGCCGGCCCCGGCCCCGGCGCGGAGCUCUGAGGGUCCGGCCGCCCCCGAGCCGGCCCGCCCCGCCGCCGCCGCCGCCAGCCCUCCGCCUCCUCCUCCGGCCGCCUCGGCGGCUCCCGGGGCCGAAGCCGCCGCUCUGGGCCGCGCUCAGGGCCCCGGCGCCUCCCGCCUCGGCCCCGAGACCUUCCGCCUGCGCUUCCGCCAGUUCCGCUACCAGGACGCGGCGGGCCCGCGCGAGGCCUUCCGGCAGCUGCGGGAGCUGUCGCGCCAGUGGCUGCGGCCCGACGUCCGCACCAAGGAGCAGAUCGUGGAGAUGCUGGUGCAGGAGCAGCUCUUCGCCAUCCUGCCCGACGCGGCGCGAGCGCGCCGGCCCCGUCGCCGCACCGACGUGCGCAUCACCGGCUGAGCGG